AUGGCACCGUGGAAGUGUGUUUGUGGAAAUACCAACAAAGCCUCUGCCGUGUACUGUGCUUCCUGUGGGAGCAAGUGGGACGAGCAGACAUACAGUGGCUCUUGGCAUGGGAAAGGCAAGGGCCAUGGCUGGAUCGAGGAGCAUGGGCGGCAGGCUUAUGCACCCUCCCCGCGGCGCUGGACAGAGCCGGCGCAGCCAUGGAGAGGGAAAUCACCAAGACGUCGUCCCAAGGGACCGGGACGGGGCAAAGGGCAGGACCCGGGCAAGAGCAAAGGAAAGGGCAAUGGAGUGCCCGGACCACAGGAACCAGCCGGACCUGCUGCUCCGACGAUGAAGUUGCCGGAGCCUCCUGUUCGCCAGUCGUUGCCGGCGCCGACAGGCCAAGCAAGGGAUGCUGGGCAGACGGGCGCCAACACAGCAGAUCGCCAGGCGUUGGACCGCCUGUUGCAAGCAAUGAAGGCGAGCGAGCAGGAACUCACACCCCAACUACGCGAGAUCCUCGAGCAGCACAAGCACGAAGACGCGAAGGAGGAGGCGAGGAGCUUACACAAGCUUGUCACCUCCAAGGCGUCAGCCAAGAAAGAGCUGACAAGGCUCCGGGCGGCUCGAGCAAGCUACCUUCAGGCCUGGAGCGGUUAUCUGGAUCAGGUGAUUGGGACCAUCCAGACACAGCUGGAGGAGCACUCGGGCACGAUGACGGACUUCUUGCAGAAGGAGAAUCAAUGGGAGCAGGCGCUCCUCGAGGCGACGACGGAGCUCGCUCGCCGGACAGCGGACUCGUCAGAACAGGUCGAGACUAUCACGGAUGGCGAGGAGGACGAGAUGGAUGCAAGCGAGGCCAAGGUCGAGGAGGCAUGCCAAGCCGAGUUGCAGACACAGCGGAUGGCAGAGCGUGCUCAAGCAAUCUCGCAGCAGAGCCAGUCCAUUCUGCAAGGCGCUACAGGCAGCCAAGGAGCAGGCCGUGGAGGAGCAGCAGAAGGAGCAGGCGAGAGAACGGACACCAAGAAGAGCCAAGCCAGGAGAAGAUGCCAAAAAGGCGGGCGGAGAUCUUUCGCACCCUGGCAAGGCCUCAUGAGUAGCCACUUGGUAUUCAUGGGGCCAGAUACGAUCGGGCACGCGCUCGGCGCCAGCCCACUUCUGCAUCCAGUUGUGAGCGAAUGGGAUUUCGCUCUGCCGCAAGCUGCCCGCUGGUACGCGUUACAGCUGCAAUACGAUCUCAUUUUCGAGGACCUGGGUGUGAUGUUCACUCCUGGGCAGGACAGCAGAGUCACACAUGCGGAAACGCUCUUCCCGUGGGAUUAUAAACAGGAUCUGGACACCGCCGAUGCAGUGGGGCUUUGCAGCACGGCGGGCUGUCCAUCUGUGUUCCAAUGUUCCAGCUACCCGCAUGGUGCACAGGGAGCUGAUGUCAUUGAUGCCACAGGUGUUCUGCCGCGGUGUUGCAAAGCGCCACGGCAGGAAGGCUUGGAGAGGCAUGAUGGUGUUCGGGAUGUUAACACCUUCUGCCGGCAACUUGCAGGUUGCACUGGUUCCGAUGCGGCACAAACCGUUUCUGUACCUUCCCCGAGCAGUCCCAACGCCACUACCCGGUCGCAGCGUGUGCAGGCACUGUGGCCUUGCACCGCCUCCGUCCCUGAAACCUGUGGCGCCGGCCAAAAUGCAGAGGCAGGUUUUGAGGUCUCCUCACUGCCCUUUCAGGUGAAUGUACAUGAGGAUGCCAAGGUUGCCCCGUCGCUUCGAGUGCCGACUUCUGCGUCUGGCACCACACCUGCCCUUGGUAAAUCCAUUGAUCCCUGGCUCCAUACAAGCACUUUGGCACAUGUUAAGUACUGCGCCCAAUCCGGAGCCGCGCCCCAGUCGCAGCGUGUGCAGGCAUUUGGACCUUGCACCGCACCUGUCCAUGCAACAGCCGGCACAGGUCAAGGCGCAGAGGCAAGUUUUGAGAUUUCCCCACCGCUCAUCCAAGGGAAGGUUUAUGUUGAUGCUAGAGCUGCCCUGUCGCAGCGAGUGCAGGCCUGUUCGCCUGGCACCGCACAUGUCCACAAUGAUAAGUCCUGUGCAGUCGACGCCCAGUCGCAGCAUGUGCGGCCCGGAGACAGCGCCGCCCUUGACCUUCAGCCAUGCAUCACCAGCCACGUUGUUUGCCCGACCACUGGCGCCCGUGGUUCUUCCCGACCUGGCCUUGUUGACCUGCGUAUCCAGCUUGCGUCCCGAGUUGCUCUGUUUCCGGAGGAACUUGAUAGGCCAGAAGUGCGAGGACAGCAGGUGUCUCAAUUCUGGUGGUUCACAGGGUUCAGAGCCAGUGGAAGCGUGGGCGAUACGCCACAGCAAGACCGCUUCGCUUUGUUUACUACCGCUUCCCAUGUGGAGGUGCGCAGCAUGAGGCGAGGCAUCACUUUGGAUGCGUUCAUCACGGAAAUUUAUAGUGUGGUCCCCGGUUUGCGAAGCCUGCGCAUCCUCCUUGAGCGUUUGGAUGGACUGCCGGCGGUGCAAAUCGCUGCGACGACGCGAGAAGCGCCGCCCCUAGGAUGCGCGAUGCCUGUGGACCUCCGUGGGGUGGAAGGUCGUGUGUGUACCAUCAACCUCCUGCCAGGCGCCACCACCAACAUGGUGUCGCAGGAGAUACUGUCGUCCUGCCCACCUGCUCGACGACCACAAGUGCCCUUCAGACUUUUCCUCCCCGAUGGCCGUGCAUUCGUGGCGAUCCCAUAUCAAGUAUCGGGACCUGAUUUUAUCAGGGGCCGCGCGCUGCCGGAGCAUGUGGAUGAAGCUGCACAUGAUUCUGAAGAGGAGGCCUUGGAGGAGGAUCAGCCAGCUUUCCUGCAAACUGGCAUCGCGUGCAGCGCCGUGGCCAAGGGAAGCGCCCCUACAGCAAGCGUAUGCCCACAUGAAGACGUGCUGAGACCCGAAGUGUGGGGAAGUGACUCCUGCCCGGUUGCUUUUCCUGUUAGGGACCCACCCACACUUUUGAGGACUGAGGGCCCUCCCCGUGCCAGUGUUGUUCACUCCACCACCAAGGUGCCGACAAUACUUCCUGAGAGACUUGCGGCUCCGAACAUACGAGAAAUCCCGGCGGGGCAGCUGUGUCUUUUCUGUCAAACCGCUGCGCACCACAACGAGCUCCGGCGGUAUAGUGUUUUCGACAGGAAUAGGCACCAUGUCGUUCGGAAGGCCUCUGUUCACUGGUCCCUUCUGGACUACAUCGUUGAUGCGACCAGCUCAGCAAGCGAGGAGACUCAGAGUGUGCAGGUCCUGACUUUGCCCAUUGCCGACCUCCCUGAGCCCCAGCUCACGAUCACCCCGAUUGGCUUGCCUCCUGGGGUUCUUGUGCUACCUCUGGAUGCUCGUUCCAUUGGGGGGCCGCUGUGUGCACUGCCCUUACCACCAGGCUUAGACUUUCAGCGGGUCCUCGAGGCUCUGGCUAGGGUUGCACCGUCCACUGCGCAGCUUCUCGAGCAGGCCUUGCAACUUGACGGUGUUUUCUUGCAGGACCCCACUGGUCGCAUAUGGGAAACACUGCCCAUGGAUCUCAGUGAGGUGCAAUGGCUUAAAGUGGUCCUUGAACCGCGAGUGCAACAACAACUUCGAUGGCUUGUGACUUUGGGCGGACCCACCACAAUGACCAGCACUGCGGUGAUGACCACACAGCAAGUCUCCAACCCUACGGAGACCGUCUCCUUUGUCCUGGCAGGCGGUGGAACUGUUAUCCGGCUGGCCCCGCAGCCCAUCCGGCUGGCCAGUGUACGGCAGUCCCUUUGCGAGCUUCUGUUCAUUCUGGGGUUGCAAGGACGAGUGCCACAUCGACCUGUUGUGUCGUUUGCCUCUGCCGCACCGCGACAAGCUGCCCAGCCUGCCAACCGGAUUGUAAUAUUUUUGGUGUACCCAGCCUCGGACAUUGGAGAAAUUUGCCAUAUUCUCCAAGACUACUCACUCGAUGGCUCCCUGCUCCAAGAAAUGUCAGUUGACUGCGAUGUCGUGGCAGGACAUCUGAUCUCUGAGGCACACCGGUCGAGCAAGCACCCCCGUCGGCACGUCACUCCGAUCGAUGCACUGUAUGAUAUCCUGCCAGAUCUGCGCUUUUUCAGUAUGCCACUGCGAGUUCCCUCGCUCCUCCAGUUGAUGAGGGACCCUGCUGCGGGUCUCGGCCGCCAAGAGGUCAUCAAAGACGCGAUGCAGCGGUCCCUGGACACCCGGAUCUUGGAACGGCGGGUUGAAGUUGGUGAGCCAGGCCACAACUGCCAAGCUAUCUUGGUCCUUGGACCAGAGCACCCGCCGCUGCUGUUGUACAUGCCGUCCAAUGUUGCGCCAAGCUUGGCCGAAGCGACGACUUACCUCGCAUGGUCGGGGUUUUUUGAGCCAGGCACCACGUUCGUUGAUCCUCAAGUUUUCGCGCACACAUUCCCUGUUUUUGUGUCGGUCCCGAAGGGCAGCCAGCGAGCUACGAUCCUCUUCCCUGCUCCUUACACCCUCUUGCAUUGGCUCCAACUGAAUGUUCCGCUUGGCACGCCUCUGCAAGGAUUUGGGCUGCCGGUCCGGCGCAAUUUUGAGCUCGUACUGCCGGCACGCACCACACAUGGAGCUGUUAUCAGGGAGCGGCUAAUUGGGGGCCGCGCUUCCUCUCCUGAUCCGGAGGGUGUUGGCUUGCUGCAAGUCGGGGCGCAGCUCCUAAAACAACGGCCGACAGGUGCGGGCGGCGAUGAUCCAGAACCUGUUGGGGCACCGAUGCCUAUGCAGACAACACAUGUUGUGGCGCCCACGCCCUUCGGCCGCAGGGGGGUGCCUCGAUCUCCGGAGGUUGGAGCCUCCGCCCUUGCAGCCAGUUCUCGGCCACGGCUGGAGCCGCCUGUUGUCCCUGCUCCUGACCCGACGCUUGAGUGUGUAGCCGCGCAGCCCCGGCCCUGUGCAAGGCAGACGCUUACACUGCAGGACUUACUGCCUGGUCAUGACUGCCAACAGGAGGCUCAGCUUUGUUUUGCCACGCCGAGCGACAACCUUAGGCAUGCCCUUGCGCCCUUUCAUCUGAACACUCUGUGCCGCGACGUGCUUCCUGCGUCCCACCUGCACCCAGCUGCUGCAGAAUUGUUGGCGCAUCUGCCACCCCGGAAUGCCGAGCUCGAGGUCGAAGCAGCCAUGCUGUUUGUCGAUGGCUCCUUUGAGCAUGCAGUUUCCACUUGGGCUGUGGCAGUCUUAGUCUGCCAGCAAGGGCAGUGGAGAUGGGCGGGAUAUCAGGCAGACGCUGUACCUUCAGCUCUAUCGCCCUCCUCGGCGUACGAUGGAGAACUCUUCGGACAGUUCGUGGCCCAUGGCAUUGUCGCAAGCGCGGAGGUCCCGGCUGCUAUUUUCUUCGACAGCACCUCCGCUUCCCUGGUGGCGACGGCGCAAGCAUCCACGUGCGCACACACCGCCUUGAGCAGAGCGGUGGCUGUACUCAAGGGCCGACUUGCACCAGUACCUUUGAGUGACGAGCAUGUUGUGUCAUAUAUCCUACAAGGAGACUUUGACACCAUAUGGAUCCAUCGGGCCCAUAACCGACGAGGUAUCUGGCCUCAGUUUGAUGACCACGGGGAUGCGCUUCCCAUUGUCCCGUGGCCACAACGUAGCAGUGUUGACACUCCGGCACAGUGGGCAUUCGACAGCCAGGCUGGCACCGAACGGCUAUGCCGAUUGAAAGGCCAAAUUGCUACCUACAACACUCUGAGUGCUGUGAGCCUUUUGCAACGACAAUGCCUGAGCUCUUUCAUGCGCCAACAUGGCAUUUUGUUUGCCGGCUUCCAGGAAUGCAGACAAGCCUCAGCCAGCCCCAUUGUCCAGGAUGGUGUGCUCCGGCUCAGCAGCCCUUCUCCGGAAGGCCGUGGUGGCUGCCAGCUCUGGGCAGAUCUUCAUGCCCUGCCAGGAGGAAACAUGCAACAGUUUAGUGUCCACUACCGCCAUCCGCGGCUGCUUGUUGUUCUUUACCAAGCUGGUGGCCUCAGGAUUGCUUUUGUUGUUGGGUAUUCGCCAGACUCUACUACACCCGAGGAGGAGCGAGUCGCAUGGUGGGAACUCUUGAAGGCCAGGUUGCACUCGUUGCCACCAAACACUGCGCCUAUCCUGCUCCUGGAUGCCAAUGCCAGAUACCGGGCGGCACAGGCCGAGGAGCCGGCAGAGGUACCCACCAAUGCCAAUGCACAAGCCUUUGAUGCCAUACUUCAGGAGUAUCAGUUGAGCCGAACACCCGCGUGCGAUGCCAAAGGGUUGCCCUACCCAACUUGGCGUUCUCCUCAGGGUGUGUGGGCAUGCCUCGACUACCUGGCUGUGCCCGCGAUUUGGCAGGAUGGCUUCCAGCCCCUUGGGGUGCAGCCUAUCCUUGACACUCAUGCUGGCAUCGAUCAUCAACCAGUCCUGGCAAAAAUUUCUGUCAACCUCCUUGUGCCAGAGCCGCCUAAAUGUCGCCUCAAUGUUGAUCUCAUGCGAUCACCUGCAGGCGUGGCCAGAAUCCGAGAGACCAUGCGUAGCCUGCCUGACUGCCCAUGGCAUAUGGACGUUGAUGAUCACCUGGCAGCCAUCAACAAUCAUAUCCAUCAAUGCAUUCACGACCACUUCCUCAAGCCUGUGAAGAGUGCACGCAAGCCAGGUGUUUCCGCCUUUACUAUGGAGCUUCUGCGCGCCAAAAGGCAAUGCCGCCGCAGGUCCUUCAAGCAUGAUAUGAAGCUGAAUAUGGUUGGCCGCAGCUAUAAGCCGCCACGUAUUGCCCAAGGCAUUGAAGGAGUGUACGCCGGCAGCGGGCACCCGGCUGCUGGCAAGUGCCCAUUGCUUUGGCGUGGGCUCCUGGCAGUUCCUCUGCCAAAGCCGAAUAAGCCAUCGCACCGGGUCACGGGCUAUAGGUCCAUCGCCCUCCAAGAGCCGGCAGCCAAAGCUGUAUCGAAAUCGAUGAGACCUGCCUUGGUGACGGGUUUUCAGGCGGUUUGUCUGGACAGCGUUGGGGGAGCGCGACCUGACGUAGCCACGGACUAUCCGGCGAGUGGCGUGCAACUGCACCUCAGGGCUCUCAAACGACAGGGCAUCUCUGGCUCUGUUGUGUUUGUGGAUGGGGUCAGUGCUUUUUACGCUGUACGCAGAGAGCUUCUAUUCACUGAUAGUCUGCAGACAGUCCUGGAUCGAGUCCAAGGAUUGCCGGUUGAAGCUGAAGUACGGCAGCGAUUUGUGCAAAGCCUUAAGCAGCAUGGGGCUCUGACCUCUGCCAAAAUCCCUGAGGCUGUGCAACGCCUACUCAAGACGACCUUGAGCGCGACCUGGUUCACUACCGACCCGGCGAACUUUGUGGCGCAGCACACCUUUGCCGGCACCAUCCCCGGUGCUCCAUUGGCAGACUUGUUGUUCCAGUUUUGCCUUGACUUGGUUCUGCAUGCCCUCGCUGACCAUCUUGAGGCUGAGGACAUUCAGGCGCGGCUUUUUCAUGAUGGAGCACAGCUUUGCUCUGCAGCUCCACUUUCCUGGUUGGACGAUUUAGCGAUCCUGCUGCAGGCGAAAUCACCAGACAGGGCCGCGCCGGAUGCCAGCCGAGCCACCGCCCUCAUUGGACAGUAUUUGUCCAUAGUAGGAGCGACUGUGCCGCUCGUUCUGCCUAAUGGUGCGGUCAAACAGCGCCUGCUGACCAACCAGUUCUUGACGCUUGCCGAACGCCAGACGCUUUUCGCCUCCCUCGCUGACGAGGUCUGCACUCUCUUGCGAGCUAUGAUGCCUGAGGAGGCACUGGCCCAGUCUCGAGUGCGUGUCCUUGCGGGCUUGGGGCACAAUGGGGGGCAUUAUCUGCAGGCACAGUGCGCAGCAGAUCCCGACUGGGUUUCAGCCUUGCGGUCAGACGUUUCAUUUAUUGCCAAAGUUUUGGCUGAUGAAUCGCUGCAAAGUUACGCGGCCAUGCUUCCUGACUCCAACCUUGAAUGGAUCAAAUCUUGGCCCUGGACCAAAGAGCGUACAAGGGUCAGGCUUGCAGCCUUUCGCCAAGCUGCGAUCCGUUCGCGCCAAGGUCGGCAUGCCCAGGUCUGUCACAAGGCAAAGGCUCAUAACCGGGUCUUGGAGUUGGGGGCUUGUUUCCAUCGCCUGGCGGACCCGCUGCCGGAGAAUCGCAUACACCCUUGCCCUGAGUGUAAGGCCAUGUUUCUGACCAAGGCGGCGGCAACUGCGCAUAGAGCGGCCUGCCAUGAUGUUCGCUCGGAUGCUGCCUUUGCCGUGGGAACUGCCUGUGAAGUAUGCCGGCGGCAGUUCUGGGAUACUAAGCGUCUCUCCCAGCAUUUCCGAUCUUCUCCACGAUGUGCUGCUGUGCAUCGUGAAGCUGAUCUGCAGCCGACCAACAAGGAGGUUUUAGCUGAUAAGCGGAUGCCUCCGCAUGUGCUCGUAGGACCAGCCCCGUGGUGGUCUACGAUGACACACGAGCCGUCCACUCCUCCCGACCCUACUCCCAACGCCGUGAAUUACCUGCAAGAUCUCCUCAAUAUGCAGAUUGCGAAGCAGGUACCACUUUUCUUUCGCAUGCUGGCGUGCUCUGUUGAGUCACAGGGGCGGGAUGCCGUGUUGGAUGCAAUCCAGUCUGUACAGGGCAGCGAUGAAUGGCUUUUGGUCGUUCAGGUUGCUUCGGUUUUGGGCCAGGACUGUGAGCUGCAUGUUUUUACAGCAGGCCAGUCUAUGGCAGCCUUUCAAGCAGGUAACCUUCUUUUAGGACCUGCGGCCGCCGUGCGAGAGAUACUCGCAGAUGGCUGGCGGAACCUCUAG